AUGUAUGUGACUUCGGCUUUGAAUGGGUCUAAUACUCAUGUCCUAGUAUCGAUUGUCUUCACUAAUAAAGAGUACAAAGGUAGUACUCUUGAACUUCAAGGACGCAGUGCUCAAUUUGACGAGGUAAGAGAAGUGGCAGUUGUGGGCGGUACUGGAAAAUUCCGUUUAGCACGUGGCUAUGUUACUUUUGAGACAAUUUAUUAUGAUCCUACAAUUUCAUACGCUGUCAUUCAGUGUAACGUUACUGCUCGAGCCACAAUUUUGGAGCUGACGCUAGGACAAAUUUGGGAAAAAGGAAGAAAUGGAGAAUAUAGAGAUAUGGAUGCUGGGAAAUGCAAGGACGAGGAGGUAGAGGGGCAAGGCCAGUGGCUUUUGGAUGGGAAGAACAGUGUGGGAGAUCAUUACAUGAAAAGUUGUUGUGUCAUAUAG